CAACCAAACUCCCAAAAGAAAAAUAGUGAGAGCAGCACAUAUAGGAACCCGUCCACCAAACAUAGCAAAACCGCCCAUUGAUGCUUUGCGGCCUCCACAUGGUGCAUAUUCAUAACAUAACAGCCUGAUCCCCAUCACAAAUCCAGAAUGGCGCACCUCGGCCUCCCAUCACUUACCUCCCGCCCUGCAUCCUCCUAUUCGCAUUCCUACUCAAACUUCCACCUAUCCUCUCCCUCCCCCUCACCAUCAGCUCCAGGCGACGACGGCAGCGACGACGAUGCACCCCUCCCCUUCCCAGAGGCGUUAUCCCGGCGGGAUUUCCUGGCGCCCGAUUUUGACGCCGCCACGUACCUGUCCAACCUGCACACGGGAGGGCCCGCAUCGCGGCACCAGACGCUCGAGGACCUGCGGGCGGAGCUGCGCGACCGGAGCACGGCCAUCAGCGCCGAGCUACUCGAGCUGGUCAAUGCAAACUACACGGCCUUUCUGAGCCUCGGGGACGAGCUGAAGGGAGGGGAGGAGCGGGUUGAGGACGUGCGCGUCGCGCUGCUGGGGUUCCGUCGCGCCGUCGAGGAGGUGCAAGCUAAAGUCCGCGAGCGGAGAGCCGAGGUUUCUGGGUUGAAUCAGGAGUUGUUGGGUGUGAAGGGUGCGGUGGAGCUGGGGAGGAGGAUGCUCGAGCUUGACGAGAGGGUGGCUGGGUUGGAGGCAAGGCUCGCGGUUGGGAGUAUCGGGGUUGGGGGAGGGAAGAGAGCUCCCCCGGAUGGGGAUUCGACUGAGGAUGAAGAUGAAGAUGGGUGGGGUCAGGAUCUUGAAGGAAGUGAAGGGGAUGAUGACGAUGAGGAGGAAGAGGGGUUGGAGUUUGUCAACAGUGCACCGACAAAGCUGGCUCGGUUGGCGAGGGAUUAUGUCGCCGUCGAGGGGAUUGCGGAUUCGAUAGGCCGCGAUCUCCCAUUCGUGGAGAGGAUGGAAGAGAGGAUGUCACGGUGUCGAAACACAAUAUUGCUCGACUUGAGCACAUCUCUUAGGGAGGCACGCAAGGCCGGCCCGAAAGGCCAAAGGCACGUUAUCCGGCUUCUGGGAGUCUAUAGGGUCCUGGAUGCCCAAGCCGACGCGGUUAAAGUCCUGAAGGAGAAAUGAGACCUUUGACGCCGUUAAAGGUACCGCAUCGCGAAAUCCAGAUACCCAAGCCGUUGACACGCUAUGCCCAUGGUGAUGGUACAUAUACAAUAGACAUCUAUGAUACAAAAAAAAAAUAAAAAAAUUAC